GCCAGGCGCGCCAGUGACAGGGUGGCAGCCCAGGAGCGGACGCGCUGCCGCCGCCGCGCUCCACCUCCUGCUCCUCCCGCAGCUCCGCUCGCAGCCGCCGCCAGCGCCGCCGCUGCCGUGAGAAGUUUCACUCCCGUCCCUCGCUCGGAGCGCCGACCCCGAGCGGAGCGGACAGCGCGGCCGGCAGCUGCCACCCGCCGCUGGCCGGGCGCCCGGGGCGCUCCGACCCCAAGCCGGCGUCGGCGCCUGGGCGGCGGGCAGCGACCCCGGCUGGGGGCGCCGAGGCGGAGGAGGGGCGGGGGCAGCCGGGCGACCCGCGCGCGGCGCCGCGGCCGCUCAGCCAGCGUCCGCGCCGGGGCGGCCGCGAUGGCCGUGCGCUCCCGCCGCCCAUGGGUGAGCGUGGCGCUGGGGCUGGUGCUGGGCUUCACCGCCGCGUCCUGGCUCAUCGCCCCCCGGGUGGCCGAGCUGAGCGAGAGGAAGAGACGCGGCUCCAGCCUCUGCUCCUACUACGGCCGCGCGGCCGCUGGCCCCGGCGCGCAGCAGCUGCUCCCCCAGCCUCAGCCCCGGCCGCGGCCCGGCCUGUCGCCGCCCCCCGCACGCCAGGAGCUCCAGGGGCCGCCGCCCCCCGAGGCAGCGCCCGGGGUCACCAGCUUUCGGGGCAGCCCCUGGCAGCAGCCACCUCCGCCGCAGCAGCAGCGGCGGCGCGGACGCGAGCCCGAGGGCGCGACGGCGCUUCCCGGCGCCCCAGCGGCCGAGGGGGAACCCGAGGAGGAGGACGGGGGCGCGGCUGGGCAGCGGAGAGGCGGCCGGCCAGGGAGCAACAACGGCAGCGGGGACGGGGGCGCCGCCGCCCCGAGCUCCCGGCCCCGGGAUUUCCUGUACGUGGGGGUGAUGACCGCCCAGAAGUACCUGGGCAGCCGCGCGCUGGCGGCGCAGCGGACCUGGGCGCGCUUCAUCCCCGGCCGCGUGGAGUUCUUUUCCAGCCAGCAGCCCCCCAACGCCGGACUCGGCCAGCCCCCGCCACCCCUGCCUGUCAUCGCGCUACCGGGGGUGGACGACUCCUAUCCUCCCCAGAAAAAGUCCUUCAUGAUGAUCAAGUACAUGCACGACCAUUACCUGGACAAGUACGAGUGGUUCAUGCGCGCCGACGACGACGUCUACAUCAAAGGUGAUAAGUUAGAAGAGUUUCUUAGAUCACUGAAUAGCAGCAAGCCCCUCUACCUGGGCCAGACUGGCCUGGGGAAUAUUGAAGAACUUGGAAAGCUGGGGCUGGAGCCUGGGGAGAAUUUCUGCAUGGGAGGACCUGGCAUGAUCUUCAGUCGAGAGGUUCUCAGGAGGAUGGCGCCGCAUAUUGGUGAAUGCCUCAGAGAAAUGUACACAACUCACGAGGACGUGGAAGUGGGAAGAUGUGUCCGACGUUUCGGUGGGACUCAGUGUGUCUGGUCUUAUGAGAUGCAGCAACUGUUCCAUGAAAAUUACGAACACAACCGGAAAGGUUAUAUCCAAGACCUUCACAACAGCAAAAUCCAUGCAGCCAUCACACUUCAUCCCAACAAAAGGCCCGCCUACCAAUACAGGCUUCAUAAUUACAUGCUCAGCCGCAAAAUCUCUGAACUGCGCUACCGCACCAUCCAGCUGCACCGGGAGAGCGCUCUGAUGAGCAAGCUCAGCAACAGCGAGGUGAGCAAAGAGGACCAGCAGCUGGGUGUGAUGCCCUCUUUCAACCACUUCCAGCCUCGGGAGAGAGACGAAGUGAUAGAAUGGGAGUUCCUGACAGGGAAGCUCCUUUACUCAGCAUCCGAGACCCAGCCUCCGCGGCAGAGCAUCAGCAGCGUCCUGCGAACAGCCCUGGAUGACACUGUCCUGCAGGUGAUGGAGAUGAUCAAUGAGAAUGCCAAGAGCAGGGGACGGCUUAUCGACUUCAAGGAGAUUCAGUAUGGCUACCGCAGGGUUGAUCCCAUGCACGGGGUGGAGUACAUUUUGGAUUUGCUCCUCUUAUACAAAAGACACAAGGGGAGGAAGCUGACGGUGCCGGUGAGGCGGCACGCUUAUCUUCAGCAGUUGUUCAGCAAGCCUUUCUUCAAGGAAACUGAGGAGCUAGACGUCAACAGCCUGGUGGAGACUAUUAACAGUGACACGCAGUCAUUCUCCUUCAUAUCUAAUUCUCUAAAGAUACUAUCUUCUUUUCAAGGCGCCAAAGACAUGGGAGGGCAUGAUGAAAAGAAAAUACAUAUUCUAGUUCCUCUCGUUGGAAGGUAUGACAUUUUCCUGAGAUUCAUGGACAACUUCGAAAACACUUGUCUUAUCCCAAAGCAGAAUGUAAAGCUGAUCAUCACCCUUUUCAGUAGGGACGCUGGCCAAGAUGCCAGCAAGCAUAUUGAGCUGAUACAAGAAUACCAGGACAGGUACCCUGCAGCCGAAAUGACCCUGAUCCCCAUGAAGGGGGAGUUUUCCAGAGGUCUCGGUCUUGAAAUGGCUUCUUCCCAGUUUGACAAUGACACUUUGCUGCUAUUUUGUGAUGUUGACUUGAUCUUCAGGGAAGACUUUCUCCAACGCUGUAGAGACAACACAAUUCAGGGACAACAGGUGUACUUCCCCAUCAUCUUUAGCCAGUAUGACCCAAAGGUAACCAAUGGGGGCAACCCUCCCACUGACGAUGACUUUGUCUUCUCAAAGAAGACUGGAUUUUGGAGAGACUAUGGAUAUGGAAUUACCUGUAUUUAUAAAAGUGAUCUUCUGGGUGCAGGAGGAUUUGAUACCUCAAUUCAAGGCUGGGGACUGGAAGAUGUAGAUCUCUACAAUAAAGUUAUUCUAUCUGGCUUAAGGCCCUUCAGAAGUCAAGAAGUAGGAGUGGUACAUAUUUUCCAUCCAGUUCAUUGUGACCCUAACUUGGACCCUAAGCAGUAUAAGAUGUGCUUAGGGUCUAAGGCAGGUACAUUUGCCUCAACCAUGCAACUGGCUGAACUAUGGUUGGAAAAACACAUGGGUAUCAGGUACAAUCGAACUCUCUCCUGACGGUCCGGGCGACGCGGAUUGCCUUUUUAAAGGGGAGUUUACCUCAUCAUUGGUGGUUGUUAUUUUUAUUUUAUUAUUGUUAUUUUUAUUAUUAUAAUUAUUAUUGUUGUAAUUUUAUUUUGUUGUCCUGGUCGUAAACUACUCUUGGUUGUCUUCCAAAGGGUGUUUGUUGACCUUGAGCAGAAGAGUCUGCAGUUCACUGAUAUUUCAGAUUUCUACUGAAGUCAAUAUACAUAUUACCUUUAUAUUAUAUCUUCAUUUAAAAUUGGGUUAAAUCAUGGCAAUCAGAUGACUUUUGAAGCUCAUUCGUCAUGAGAGACAGCUUAGAAGAAUGUUCUCUUGGGGCUUAAAGAUGCAAUAGCGACUUUUAUUUUGUUCGUCAAAUUCAAUGUGAUACAAAUAUUUACUGGUGAAAUGGUACCACAAAAGUGCUUUAUGCUUCCUCUGGGGAAGGGACUCUGUAACAUAAACUUGAGUUUUGUAAUUUAUACAAGGACUUAAACUAUAUAGACAAUAAUUUUCUCCAUCUUUAGGAUUUUUAAAGUAAAUGAACACUUAUGAUUGUAUGUUUAUUUUUUAAAAAAAAGUUUUAAAAAUUGAGGAGUCUUGUUCCACAAGCAAAAGGUACUGGCUACCCUGGUCUUAGGACAAUUAUGUUCUCCUCACAACUGUCUGCUGUAAAUGCAGAUGGACUUUAUUUUCUCAAGGAAAUAUGAUUUAACUAAAUAUUCAUGUACAUUUUAGAAGCUUUAUGGAACAAUGUCCUUCAUUUGCUGGCAAGAAGAUAAACUAUGACAGAACCUGGUUAUUUAUAAUAAAACACAGGUAUAACAGUACUCUUUUUCAAAAACACUGAAAAACUUGUGUUGUUUCCUUUUAGUCACCUUUGGUAUCUUUUUUUAGUGGUCAUACCCACCAAAACUUGCCUGCUACAGAGACUGGAAAAAUGAAUAAGGGAUUAUGGACGUACUAUUUGUAUUAUUGUGCUUUAAAUCCUAGCUUUCACAAGUGAUUAAAAUGAGUUUUUUUCUUUAUUCAUUCAGUAAUUUGCAAUCGAGGAGAAGCAUUCAUCCUCAAUCUCUUCAACUUUGUGUUCACAUUGAACCAAAAACCAGGCCAGAAAUGGUGUUUCAUUUGGGUUAUACACAAAAUGUAGCAUAAGAUUGGGCAUACUGUUGGGUACUUUAGUUUUCCUUUUUCACACAGUAAGACUCAAGUUUGCAUCAAAAUUGACUUGCAAGCUAUUGUUGUGAGUUCCUACCAUUAUUUGGAGCUGAUGGUCAGGAGGCCACGUAGCAUUUGCCUCAUUGAUGGGUUCCUUACAUGGUCGCAGUUUCUCGGGGUGGGGACAUUGGGGGGGCCUCAAAAAACUGUUGCUUAGUAUUGUGGCAGACAUGGUGGCCCUCUCCUUGACUAUAAUGCAGUCUUCAUAAUGUCACCUUCGUUAGGAAGGAAUUAAUGGCACAUCUAGAGGUCCCUGACAGGGCCAACAAUUCAGAAUUGAUCUCUGCUCUAAUAUCACCUCAGACCUUCACAAAUCCUUACUUUUGACAGUUUAUUUUCCUACAUUACGUGACUUAGCUCUUUUGUAGGUUUUAUUCCCCUGAACAGUAAAUAUAUUGACAUGCUGUCAAAAUGGUCAUCUGGGAAGGUAUAUGACUAAAUAAUGAUUACUAACGACUUUAUUCAUGAAAAAAGAAAUCAGGGUCUGCUCUUUAACUUAGACAACUGAAAUAACAAGAGUUUUACUGUGGAAUAAAUGUAAAGGUCUUGAUUAAAACAUCCCAAGUCUUAGAGAGUCAUGAGGCAACUGUACAGGGAUGAAGUGGCAUUCUUCAUAGCACUGUUGAAUUUAUACUGAUGAGACAUGGGAAUGCUGAGAUCUCAUUUGAACUUAAUUACACAUAUACACCCUAUACCAAUAUUUAUGUAAAUGGUUUAAAUUCCAUUUCAUCUAGUUUUGCAUUAAACUUCCCUAUGAUGUUUUUUCAGGCACUGCGGUAUUUUCUGACUACAAAUUUAUUCGAAUGGUACUAGAGAAAUUAAAGUGAUUUUCUAUCUGUGUAGUGUCUAUUACUAAAAUCCCUUUUAAGAUAGAAGGGCAACAUGAUUUGAAUGCAGCCUGCUACACAACAUACACACGUAAUUGGCAUUACCUUACUUGGAUAGCUCUGGAUGUGCUGUUUAAAUGUCACCCAUAACAAUUCCAUCAACCUUCAACAUCAUCUUACUGAUCAUCUCCUGUCCACUCAACACCACACUAUGUAGUUUACUUGCAAUGCCCUUUUAAAUGUAAUCCUCACAACGGCUCUCAGAGUACUGACAUUAUUUUCUUCAUUCAGUAGAUAGGGAAACUGAGGCCAUGAGGGAUUAACUCACUUGUCCUGGGUUCACACAGCUGGUGUGCUCUGGCAUUAACUGUCAUCUCAAUCUGGAGCACUUGUUUUUCUGCUUCAAGCCCUGGCUUCUCAGGUGUUGGGGUAACGUA